AUGCAACAGGCGGCGGGGCGGACGUGGUCGCCCAUGGCGACGGAGGCCAACCCCUACGCGAUGCCGCCGCCGGCGCAGAAGAGUGCAAAGGAGACGGUGAAGGACGCGCUGUCGGUGUGGGGGCGCAAGGUCGGCGAGGCGACCAGGAAGGCCGAGGACCUGUCGCGCAACACAUGGCAGCACCUUCGGACGGCGCCUAGCAUCACGGAGGCGGCGGUGGGGAGGAUCGCGCAGGGGACCAAGGUGCUGGCGGAGGGCGGCCACGACAGGAUCUUCCGCCAGGCAUUCAGCGCGCCGCCGGACGAGCAGCUCCGCAAGUCCUACGCAUGCUACCUCUCCACCUCCGCCGGGCCCGUCAUGGGGGUCAUGUACCUCUCCACCGCCAGGGUCGCCUUCUGCAGCGACACCCCGCUCUCGUACCAGCCCGCCGCCGGCGACAGGGCGGAGUGGAGCUACUACAAGGUGGCGAUCCCUCUGCACCGGCUGAGGGCGGCAACCCCGUCGGCCAGCAACCUCAAGCCAGCCGAGAAGUUCAUCCAGCUCGUGUCCGUGGAGAACCACGAGUUCUGGCUCAUGGGCUUCGUCAACUACAACAGCGCCGUCAUGCACCUCCAAGAAGCUCUCAGCGGCUUCCACAAUUUGCAAGCGUGA